AUGAAACACAGCACAUUUCUCCCUUCAAGGUCAACUGAUGGAACUGCCGAGUGGAUGGCUCCAGAAACGAACCUUCAGAUGAGAAGUGUGAUGUAUAUAGCUAUGGCCUAUGGGGUUAUACUUUGGGAGCUAUGUACAAUGCAACAACCAUGGGGAGGAAUGAACCCUAUACAGGUUGUUGGUGCGGUAGGGUUCCAGCACCGACGGCUUGAGAUUCCAAACGAUAUGGAUCCUACAGUUGCAGAUAUUAUCCGGAGAUGCUGGCAGACAGAUCCCAAAUUGAGGCCAACAUUUGGAGAAAUCAUGGCAGCUUUGAAGCCACUGCAGAGGGCUAUAACUAGCAGCCCAAGGGCAUAG